GUCAAAGCUUCCUCUAAACCAGCCUCUUCUGAGACGACGACGAAGGCAGCAGAUGCCAAGGCAAAUCCAAAACACAAAGAAGAGGAGAAGGUUUCCACCCAAACGAAGAGGUCUGGCAAAAGCAAGGCAAAGGAAACAGCAGCACAGAAGGCCAAAGGUGACACGAAGCCUUCCAACACUGUCGCGACUGCGUCCAAGGAGAAAGCGGAAAGCGACACGAAGCCUUCCAAAACUGUCAGGACGGUCAAAGCUUCCUCCAAGCCAACUGCGUCAGCCUCCUCUUCUAAGAAGACGAAGGCAGCAGAUGCCACGGCCAAGCCAAACAUCGAAGAAGAGGAGGCAGCAUCCAGCCAAACGAAGAGCUCCGGCAGCUCUGCAAAAACGGAUACAGCAACACAGAAGGCAGAAAGUCAAGGAAAGCGUUCCAAGACUGUCCCGUCUGGCAAAGCGGCCGCCAAGACCCGCCGAGCGAAAGAAGCGAAGCCGAAAGAUGCUGCGACAAAGCAGAAGGGGGAAAAGCAGAUGCCGCAGUCUUCUGAGGAAGCGGCGGCUGCAUCCGCCAAGGGGCCGCCAAUUGUCACGACACCUGGCUCGAGGAGUGUGGAGCGCGAAGCCUCCACCGCAGCCUGCGAGCCGCAGACCUUCGCGUACAGCGGGAGCUUCGAGGCGGAUGUCCAGAAGAUCUUGGCUGGCGCAGUCAUCGCGGAAGACAUCAGCACUUGCGGAGACAGCUCCUCCAAGGUUUCGGCGAUCUCUGAGGACGCGGCUAAGAAGGGGAAGGCUGCUGAGAAGAAGGCCCAGGCGACGGAGGAACAUCUGGAGUCAUUGAUCGAGAGGAAGAUCAACCUUAUUGCUGUGGCAGUCGUGGGUGAUCUCCAUCGCAAUGGUCACAUCCAGACUGUGCUCGUGGCAGAGGUGGAGAAGGGUAGAGCUUCAACUUUUGUCUCCGAGGACUUGCUCAAGGGAAGCAAGGCCCAAGCAGCGCUGAAGGUGCUCCUGGAGGCUAAGGAGGUGGUGAAAGUUAUGCACGAUUGUCGGAUGGCUGCGGAUGCCCUCCAGUCGUUGUUGGAUAUUCAGCUGUGCAGCGUAUUCGACACAGCCAUUGCCUGGCAGAUGCUGCAAGACACGGAUCCAUCAGCUUCGUCUAGUACGGAGUCCACAAUACUUCCAAUCCUGCAGAAGUAUGCGCCCUUAGCCUUCAAGGAGAUGCAGAAGGUGCUGCCCCCGCAGAAGAAGACGCUUCCCAAGCCCGAGCAGGCCAUCUUUGACGUGCUCGGUCUGAGAGAUGAGGUUACGUCCACAGCGAUUGCGGGGGAGAAGCACGAGGCCGUUCGACUCCUGGAGCUAAAGGGUCUGCUGACCGCGUCUCUUGCCAUGGGCAAGCUGCUGGAUGGCAAGUCCCAGACCUUCAAAAAGCUUUGCCAGAAAGGCCUUUCAGAAUUCCGCGCCUGGCCUGGGCAGCAUGUGAGGACGCUCCAACGAGGACGUAAGGUGCCCUUCAGCUUCAAGGACCACAAGCUCGUCUGCCAUCUGAGUGGGAGCGAAGAGUUGAGGAAGAAGGUGUUGGAGGUCCAGAAAGAGAAGGAGAGAGAGGCUGCCGAGGCCGCGGCCGAAAUCCAGCCUUUGCUACGUCUCCUUCCGGACCCCAUCUUCGAGGUGGUUCAGAGCCACAUUCGAGAGGUCGGCAGCAACCCGAUGGAGAUCGUUAUCAGUGUGGGCCGCCCCCUGGAGUUCCGGUGGAAGCCAAUGGGGGAGCGCCUGAUGCGCAGCGACUUCCUCGGCGAGCCAGCUACGAAAGAGAAUGUCCAGCUUGUGGUGCAGCGCAUCGGGCAGAAGAAGUUCACGAUUCAGGACCGGGCGGGCAUUGACGGGACCCUGCAUCGCAUCUCUGCUGCUCGCAACCAGUCUGGUCAGGUCGUGACGCUGAUUAUGCGAGUCGGUAGGGCCUCUUCCAAUCUCGCUGGGCUUUUGGAGGACAUCCUGGCAGAUUCCAAGUCCAUCCUCAUGCUGGGGCCCCCUGGAGCCUCGGGCCAAGCACUGCAGGGCUUGGUGAUCUCAUCUUUCUGCAGGUGGGGCUUCGUGUGGCCCCGUGACAUCCUCGCUGCUAGCAAACGCAUUUGCUUUUGGUUCGUGCCCUCUGCCGAUCUUCAAUCAGCCAUGGGCUUGUCCGGCUCGCACCUGCACUGUGAGACAGUCAGGGAUGUCAGCCCGUUCACUACAGAGAUCAUUGUCGUGAACAACAUGCAGACCCCGCUUUUGCUGAUCGAGGCGCCACACGUGUCAUGCAAUCAUGAACCGCAGCCCGACAUCACGGAGAUGCGACCCCUGCCAACGGUAUCGAACAUCAGGUGGGAAGGUCUCACCGUCGGCGGCGUCUGGUCCGUGAUACCGCCUCCGCCAGGCGAGCAGCGCUUGCAGUAUCGUGGCUUCCCCCUCUGGGAUCUCGAGUUGCUGCCACAUAUGGCUCGGAGCCACGGGGCCAGGCGCCUCUCAAAGCUGGGUGGCAUCGACUACCUCGCAGAACUGCUGGCAGGCGGCCCUGCCUGGCAGAGGUAUCCUAACCGGACUGCUGACAAACCCAUCAUUGCAGUGGUCCGCGGUCGACAGGAGUUUGGUCCGCGGGCUUUGGGCCACCGGUCGCUGCUGGCAGUGCCGGAUUCCGAGGAGAUGCGAGACCGCAUGAACCGGCUCAAAGCCCGAGCCUGGUAUCGGCCCGUUGCACCCAUGGUGGCGGACGAGGCCAUGGUGCAGGUGUUCGGUCGAGCCGUCCACUCGCCGUACAUGACCAUGGCGCCUCAAGUUCUGCCCGAGAUCCGCAAGCAGUUUCCGGCCAUGGCACAUUUGGACGGCACCGCCAGGCAUCAAUCUGUGAGCGCGGGUGACGAACCCUGGAUUCACGCCCUUCUGCUGGCUGUGGGUCGUCUGACCGGCCUAGCGGCUCUGAUCAACACGAGCUUCAACUCGAAGGGCAAACCCAUCGUGAACCGCGCAAGAGAAUGCCUGAAGAUGCUGGAUGAGCUUCCAGACUUGGACUUCGUCUUGAUCGAGGAUUACCUCUUUGCGAAGAGGAUUCAGGUAGGUGGAGAAGUGGGGCACCAUGGACCAUGUGCGAAGCUGAACGACAAGUCAGUGGCACCUUCCGAAGUGUACGUGAGUCCGACUUUACUGCCGCCCUCCGUAGACCCUGUCGCCCACAAAACGAACAUGAUAGCCAUGACAUUUCUCGAGGCGGAAUCCGUGUGCGACAGCCAACCUCAGUACCUUAAUUCGCAAUUCACAAUGGUCGAUGCGCUGGAUGAUUUGGACCAGCAGCUGCUGGAGACCGAGCAUGCAUUGCAAGCUAUCGAGGCGCCACAUGAUUGUCUGAUUAUAGAAUAUAGGCUCAGCUGCGAGGAGACGCGGCAUCUCUGGAACUGCCCGUCCAGCGAGGUCGGGCCCGAUUCCAGGAACAGGCGGGAGACCAUCAAGGUAGGAGCCAAAGGCCGCUCCCUUGGCGGCCGCUUCUCCACGGAGGCACGUUGGCCAGCGAAACGCCUCGAAGAGGCGGAGGCGCCGCUCCUGCAUCCAUCCGACAGCUUCUUGUCGACAUCCGUCGUCAGCAAAGGCGCCGUCAUCGCCCCGCCUGAUUCCCUGAAGCCUCGACAAAUCCAAGAGGCUCGCCGUUGGCUGAAGCACAUCGCUACAGAAGCGAACUCGAAGGAGGCUGCGGCGCACUUAACCAAACCCGGCCUGGAAGGCAUCGCAGCCGCAUGGCAGGCUCUGUUACAGGAGGAAGACACCUGUCAAGCGGCGGGUGAUGACUUCCUCGACGAUGCCAGCACUGCUGCUGGCAGCGACCUCUCCGAGCUGCUCUCUGUGGGCUCUGCGGAAUCUCUUGGACCCGGUCCAGGAGCCUACGAACCGAAGUUUGAGGCACUCCGCCCAUCCUUGGCAAAAGGAGCACCAAGCUUUGAUCGCUACAAGGGCCGCGCGACGCCGCAAGAGCCUCCUGAGGAGGCGGAGGAGGCGCCUGCUCCCCCGGCUCCCCCCGCUCCUGCACCGAGUUUCAAGUGCCGCGGAGGGAAGAUCCUGCCGCUGCCAAAGACGCAGCCCAGAAGAGGGACUGAGGGAAGGCGUGAUGCAGAUGCAGCCGCGAAGAGACCCUUGUGCUACGAUGGUUGGACCUCCGAGCGUGUGGAGGUGACUGUGCCGGUGGCAACCCUGGGCCCGGCAGAUAAGGAGCACUGCUAUGCGGAGACCGGGCGCCUCACAAGGCUGCAGGCCGACGACAAGCCGGGCCCAGGGGCCUACGAAACCUCAGAGCUCCUGCCAGGACCUUCCGCCCUCAUAGGGCCGGAGCCCCUUCCCAAGGAGGAGAAGGCCACCCCGGGUCCGGCCAGCUACGACCUGCGCCAGUCCCAGGCCCACAUCUACCCGCGAGGCUUCGCCGCCGACCUCGGUGCUGCCCGAGAGGAUCCGACACAGCGGGUCCCGACUUACGUUGCCCGCUACGGACCCCUGGAGCCGCAGUGGGAGGUCACUCGAGCACGGAGCCCCGCCGCGACGAUCCCUCCGGAGGAGAGCUACGAGGUACUCCGGGCACAGGCCUUGAUGCGCGGCCGCGCGCCAGCUUCGGGCACAGGCUUCUCCGUGGGACCGGGCGCGUACGAUGCCCUGACUGCACCGCUGCUGCGUCCAGACCGGGCAGUCCUUCACUGGCGGCCACUGCGCAGCGGCCUCCCGGAGCACUUGCAAGCGCUGUUCCGGCUCCGCCCGGACUCACGGCCCCUGCUGGAUGCGGAGGCAGACAUGCUGCUGCGCCGGAGACAUGCUGCACCGAUCAUCCUCCCGCUGCCCAAGCCACUGCUGCGACGGAGUUGGUCUGCAGGAGAUAUCUGGCGCUUCUACCUACCGGAGCUGGACCCUCCCUUGGGGCUCGCCAACUUCGCCCGGAACCUGGACUUCGACGACUGGCAGGAGCACGCCCGAAGAAGGGAGGAGCUGGAGGCGAGGCAUGCUCGGCACCUCUGGCCGAGCUUGCGCUUGUCCUACUCCCUCCCGGACCUGCGCAUCACCCAUGAACGGGCGCCGGAAGCAGACUUCGGCCUGGCACAGGGACGAGACUCCGCCAAAUUAGAUGAGGACGAAGAUGUAGAGGGCGAUGUGCUGCUGCUCUCGCUGGAGGCCGAGCGGCAUCUGCUGCAUCCCAGAGCUCACGGCUUUGUGGACAUGGACCGGCAGCUGGGCAGGACUGAUGGCCCGAGUGAGGAGGUGGACGACUUCGAGGAGUUGAUCCUGUCACCAAGACGCCCUGCAGAGCACAUUCCCUGCUUCGUGGACAUGGCAAGGGACACGGGACGACCGUCAGAGCCCGAGAUGGAUCCGCACAUCUGGGCUGAGGAUCAACACGAGAGGGUGUUCUGCUACAAGCCGCUGCUGGGCGCUGCUGGCGAGGAUGAAGAGUUGGACUUGCCGAUGAAGUGCUUGCCACCUGGGCCGUGCACCGACUUCGGCCGCCCGGUAGGCCGCCCGGGCCUGGAUCCGCGCGCACCGGAAAAGCCCAUGGAAGACGAGGAUGGAGACGUGCUGCUCCUGCACUGGAAGCCACGCUUCGUCCCUCCACCGCCACCGCCACCGCCGCCGCCACCGCCGCCGCGGCAUCCCACCCGCGCCGCCGCCACCUCCGACCUAGCCGUGUCGUCGCAGACACAGCUGCUGGUUGCAAUGGACUCCGUGCGCCGUCAUGCUAUGGAAUCCAUUUCCCUGUUCGGGUCAGAGCCCUACGUGUACUUGCCGCUUCCGGAGUACACCGUGCAGGAGUGGUGGGACUAUCUCUACUACCUGCAGGCAAACUGGGUUCUGCUGACACCCGAGUAUGCUGCCUACAUCUGUGAGCUGACCCGUCUGCUGGGCUGGCCUGCAGCUGGAGAGUGGGGCCAGCGCAGAGGGGCUGUGGCCUUGAGUGUCACGUGCCAGGAGCGGGUCCCGGCUUCACGCGAGGCGUCACGCUGGCACAAGUCAUUUCGACUGGCUUUAUGUUGUACCACCCGUGUACCGGCCAGUUCCUUCGCUUUCUCAUGGGUGCCUUUCCUAAGGACUGGAGUGCGGCAAAUCCCGAGGCGAAUUUCAAGAAGGCUGAGGGAAAAGGCUUCUUCGCGCUGA